GGGUGGGACGGAGCAGGGAGCCCAGGCUGGUUUUGUGAGACGGAGUGCGGCAAAACAAAACACAUAUCGGAGUUGGAAAAGGCGGAUUUUGGCAUAAACUGCAGGUGACGGCGGGCUGCUGGUGUGUCGGCUGGACAACCCAUCCCUGGGAACAGAGAAGGAGGCCAGGCUGCUGCUGUACCAGGACAUGGACUCAGACCUGGACAACCUGAGCUGCUCCCAGCGACUCAGCAGAGCCCAGUUCACCAUUUCCCUCAGCCAGGACGAACACAACCAGACUAUCCCUCGUCAGUCUUCGCCCACAGCCUGGCAGGUGCUGUACGCUGACAGAUACACGUGCGAGGAAAACUCAGCAACGCCGUCGUUCGCUGACCUCGGCUUCACUCUCCUGCUGUUCAACCCCGACUCUGCUGGGAACCCGCUGGAUCACUUCAGCGCAGAGGAAGCAGGGCUGCACAGUUUCUACUUCCUCCUACUGCUCGCCUACUUCAUCGCCUGCUGCAUCUACUUCCAGCCUCUGUAUCAGGCGCUGAAGAAAGGGGGCCCCAUGCACACGGUCCUCAAGGUGCUGACCAUGGCCCUGGCUCUGCAAGGCUGCUCUGCCCUCUGCAACUACAUCCACCUGGCCAGGUAUUCCAGAGACGGUACUGGGAUCCCCCUGAUGGGCAGCCUGGCAGAGUUCUGGGACAUGGUGUCUCAGGUGUCCAUGCUGUACAUGCUGCUGAGCCUGUGUAUGGGCUGGACUCUGAGUCGAGGCAGGAAGCCGCAGUCCAGACCGCUGCAGUGGGAGCGCUCCCCGGCGUCCACGGCCGUCGCUGUCGGCGGCGUGGUCACACAGGGGGUCCUGCUGCUGUGGGAGCAGUACUCUGAGUCAGAGAGCGAACACCACAGUUAUCACGCCCAACGAAGCCUAGCAGGUCUCCUCCUCCUGGCUCUGAGAGUGGCGCUGUCCCUCCUGCUGGCCUCCGUCCUCUACCAGAUCGUCUCCACAGAGAGGAGCACCCUGAAGAGAGACUUCUACCUCUGCUUUGCUAAGGGCUGCUUCCUGUGGUUCCUUUGUCACCCCGUCCUCGUCCUCAUGUCUGUGGUCUUCAACGACCACCAGAAGGAAAAGGUCAUCACCAUCGGCGUGAUCCUCUGUCAGUCCAUCUCCAUGGUGAUCCUCUACCAGCUCUUCCUGUCCCGCUCGCUCUACUGGGAGGUGUCCUCCCUCUCCUCCGUGUCUUUGCCGCUCACCAUGUCCAGAACGAACCACAGGGGGCGCCUAUGAGCACAGAUACCGAGGUUACGGUGAGAACUGAAGCGUCUCUGUCAGACGCAGCAGGAGAUGUCCCCCUGCACCGUCCUCUGUCCCACGUUAGAGCUACCACUGAGCCGUGGACAGAGGACAGUACUUACUGCAACAUACUACCUCUGACUUCUAACUGGAGCCUCUGGGAUGCAAAAUGCAUGGCCAAGCAUGCAUCAGCUGGCGAGGUAGACGUCAGCAGAAAACCAUGAUGAAGAACUUGAGAGAGUGCAAAAUCACAAGCAAUCACAAUUAGAUUGUUUUUAAAGGCUUUACCUGCAAAUCGCUGAGUCAGCCACGAUUGGGGCAGUCUGCAUGUAGAUAGGCUUCCCUGCAACAGUUUUCAUUCCCCUUUUACCACAAGCUUGAGCUUAUUUUAUUAGCAUUUUAUGUGAUAGACCAACAUGAAUUAAAGUGGAGCGUAACUGUGAAGUGGAAGGACAAAAACAUGAUGUUCAGGGGUGUCAGUUUCAGUUUCCCAAUAAGCAAAACUUCAAUUCUGGUCUCACCUGAGGCCUUCGCAGAACAUCUGGAUUUAUUCUGAAAUGUAAUUACAAAUUAAUGGAUGCUGUUUGCUAAUUGCUAGUAAAGACAGUGGCUUGUAUUCCAGGGUAUCAUCAGGGUUAAGGGAGAUGAAAACAAAUGUACGCCACUUCUAUGUUGGUGUGCAAUAAAUUUUUAGACCCAUGUACAAUUUUUAUUGCGUUCUAGCUAAACUUCUCUUUUUCCUAAUGAAAUCCUAAUAAAAUGUGGUUCUAGUGAGUA